AUGGGCAACCAGGGGAGAGCAGGCAUCACACUAGGCACAACACGCUGCACAGCCUUGCGGGGCCCUCACGCAACAGCGGGCAGGGGGUGCGCUGGGGCCAAGGGAUCCGGGAAAGAAACGAGCCGGGCGGGAAGCCACCCAGAACACAAGUCACGAAAAGAGCACAGGUUCGCGGGCGACGACGCCUCACAAGAACUUGACAGACCUGUCACACUGGUGGCGGCGCCCAUGGACGCGGCCGCAUUGUGA